AUGUAAGGUUUAUUGUAGCCAUCUCAACAAACACUUUUGGUGCGAUCACCAACUGAAGGCUCAUUGAAAAGCUACAGUAGAUAUGAGAGUAAGGGAAAGAAAAGAAUUGUAUACAAAAACAACAAAGGUGAAAUAGUUGACCCUCAUGAGAAAUUGGCUAAGUCACAACAUUCUCAUCAAUCAUAACCUGUUCAUUCAGUAAAAUCUCGAACUGCUACUCCUACUCCUUCAGAUAGUGUCAAAACAUAAACUAACUCCAUUUUUGACUUAGUACCAAUUGACGAUCCUAUUUGGUUAGAAUUGAUUCCCACAGAAAUACAAUAAGAUUAAAACUUCAACCUUGAGAGAUUGAUUAUGGAUAAUCAAGAGUAUUUCGUUAAUCUACUUGGUUUAUACAUGCAAGAAAGACAAUAAAACAGAAUACAAGAAAUUAAAGUGUCUCUACCCUUAAAAAAGCAGACUACCUAUGACCAAGCCCAUAAAAAACUGAAUGCUCUUGAUUAAUCAAAUUUCAACAUUAAGAUGUAUGAUUAAGUCCCUGUUGCUUAAUCUCUUCAGUUACAAACGCAAUAUGAAGUUUGAUAUAUAUUUUUAUAUCUAGACUUCAUAUCGUACUCCAAAAAUUAACCCACUGGAUAACUAUAAACCUUCCUAUACUAAGGAUAAUCCUGAAAUGCUCACUCUCACCAGCUAUAAAUAAAAUUACGUCAAUUGGAAACCAUGUCUUACUGAAAGGGUGGGGCCUCAAAGAGGAUAAAGUACUGGAGCCCUACCCUUUAUUGGCAAGACCUCAUAUUAAGAGAAUUAUAGAGUCAAUAAUUGUGAACCUAUGGAAUCUGCAAAAAAGAAAUCCCUGUAUUUAAUAUUAGUUUAUUUUAGAGGUCCUUUUGCUUCUGGGAGCUCAAUGAUUUUCAAGGAAGCCUUAUCUAAAAUCCAUUAUCCAAGUUAUUAAUUAGAGGAAUUACCACCUAGGAAAAAAAAUAGCAGCCAUCAAUAAGGAAAUGGGUGUUAUGAUGGACAAUUCAAAACGACAUUUAAAAAGUAACUUUUCUGAUUUAUUCUUUUAGUUCUUUUGCUUAUAAAGUACCAGAACCAAUCGUGUAAGAUAGAUAUUGGAAAUAGAAGUUAAUACAAAAGAUCUUAGAGAAGAAAUAAAUUUGA